CAAAAAAAUGAUGAAGACAAGGACAAGGAGGAAGUAGCUACUAGGUAAAAAGUAAAAAAAUCUAACGUAUAAAAUCACUGAUAGUCAUUAUUACUAAGCUCGGCUACAAAUACGGCGUGUGUUGCUCGAGCUCUGCCUUUUUUCAAUAAAAAGAUCCUCUAUUUCUGCACUUAAAAAGAGAAUAUUUGUAUUGGCGCUUCUUUUAAGGUAGCUAGAGCCAGUAUUUUUACAGGCAUAUCUUUCACCUUUGGACCUCCUAUGCGUAAAUAACUUGGUCUUUAUUGUAACUACACCAUUUGCCUCACACCCACAACUUAUAUGGUCAAAUUUGGCCCACUACAUCUUAUCUACACAAUUAUUUGACUCCAGUGAUUUUAUCUCGUGAGGGAACUAAGGAGACUGCAAUUUGCUCGUGAGUUUUACUACGCUUUGAACUACUACAGCUGAUUUCUUGAUUUCGUUAUCUUCUUUCGGACUUUUUGCUUAUAUAGGUUUCAAUCUCUCCUCAAUCAUACUCCACUGAAGCAUCUCAAUGAAUAAUUAUUGAUACAUACAAAAUUUCUGCAAAUACAGGUUACAAAUAAAAUCUAAACAAAUUUUUGAAAUAAUUUCAAUUUUUUAAAAUAGUUUGCUUGGUUUUUCUUGUAGACUCAAGAUGGCUGAAAAGCAGGUAAGAGCAUCGACGAUAGUAUCAUGCUUUUCCUUAUAACAAAGACGUCAAAUUUCCCAACAAAUAUUGAGCCAAAUUUUAAAUCAUUGCACUAGUUUCACUUACGUCAUACUAGCAAGAUAAUAAUCUAAGAUUAAAUACAUAACAGGAAAUAUGAGCUGAGUACCAUCAACUCUUUACAGAUCAAACUGAAAAAAAAAAAACUUUUUAGUUUACAGGGAUUUUUUUAUUUCACUGGGUGGAGUGUAGGUUUUACUGCCUCAGGUUACAUAAAAACUCCGUAAGCGAGGUUCAAAACACAGAAACAUAUCAGUUAUCUCAACAUAUUUGUUGUGAUAUUCAACAACCGGAACGUUUUAGCAGACGAAUUAGUCAAGGCUAUUAAAUCCUUUGAGCACCUUAAAAGGAGGCACUCCAUGCACGGGACUAUUUCACGACUUCAAAUCAAUAUUUGAAAUUCCUUUGCUUUCUUUUCUGGGUCUCUUCCGAGGUAUUGUCUAACCUGUUCAGGUUUAUACUUCGUGAAACGAUUAAUACAUCAUUUUUUUAACCUACAAUGUGCUACAUCUGGCUACGGUUGUCGUGAUGCACGGCCACACGUUAAAAUCUAUUUAUAUUUACGUACGCGUGUCAAUGACGAAGUUAGUGAAAUAGAAAACAUAUAUAUUAAAAUGAUAUCAUGGUGGAAAUGAUUGUGAAUUGUUAGAUCACUCCGUCAAGGUACAUAGAGAUUUGCAUCUUCACUUCUGACUUUUGGACAAAAACCUUUGCAAACGACGUUUUUCGCUCUUUUGCAGAAAAAUGAUGAAGACAAGGAUAAGGAGGAAGUAGCUACUAGGUAAAAAGUAAAAAAAUUUAACGUAUAAAAUCACUGAUAGUCAUUAUUACUAAGCUCGGCUACAAAUACGGCGUGUGUUGCUUUCGUUUAUAAACCUACAAAGACCCUUAAAUAUUACUCGAGCUCUGCCUUUUUUCAAUAAAAAGAUCCUCUAUUUCUGCACUUAAAAAGAGAAUAUUUGUAUUGGCGCUUCUUUUAAGGUAGCUAGAGCCAGUAUUUUUACAGGCAUAUCUUUCACCUUUGGACCUCCUAUGCGUAAAUAACUUGGUCUUUAUUGUAACUACAUUAUAACACAUGGAUCACACAUAGACAACUUUAUUACAACAUUAGACAUCAUUUUUUUCGCGAUCGGAAUACCGCGGAACAAUGACGUCACAAUGGUUUUCGCUGUUAAUCGAAUUACAGUCCUUAUUCGCACUUUGUCUGGAAAUGCUCUUUGCUAGCGAAGUUUCACAAAAAUGUCGAAGUGGAAUUUCUACAUGAAGGCCAUUUGAUUUUAUCGCUGUUUUCGUGAGAGUAGCCUCCUAGUUGUAAAAAGAGCUCAGCAUUGACUUUUACCCAGAUACUUUCCAGUCUUUCGAAAUCAAGCAAGCCUACCUGUCUACAAAAAUACUGGGUCGAGUCACCUUUAAAAAAAAUUGGGCCACCUGCCUCUUUUAAAGUAACAAUUUAAAACUCCAACCAUAAGAUGAGGGAAUCAAUCAAUCUGGAAGAGAGAGUCAGGUUUCUUAAAAACCAAAGAGAGCUAAAAUAUUUUUUCAAAGCCUGCUAGAGACACACGUACGCAGAUGACACAUUGGGGAGAAAUCGAGUAGUGUAUCAAUGCAAAUGACUUUCGGCCCUCAACUGAAAAGAACUGCUUCUCUUAGUGUUACAAGAUCGUUAGGAACCUUUUCAAUAAUUUUACCAGUUUUAAUUUAUGAAGUUAGAAAUGGAAAUGACAUGUUCCACUGAAAAGUUUGAUAGAAAAUAACCUCAAGACUCAAAAGUAUCCACGCCCAACAAUGCUAUAACAUCGAAAACGUUCUUAAAUCCAGAAAGAAGCUUCCAUCCUAAAGUAGACAAUCAUUCAAUAUUUCAAAAUCCUACAAGUACGUCGUAAUCCUGCAAAUUUCUCAAUAACAGAGUAAUUCUCCGUACAUUGUAUAAGCUUGGCGAUUUCUGGAGGCUUUCUCGCCAUCUUUAUUAUAUAAGCUGUUCGAAACAUUUCCCUGCAAACUUAAACCGUUAUUUCAAACCUUUCCCAAAUGUAACUGAUGUCUACUCAACUUAGUAAGUUAGUAGGCAAGAAAGACAAGGAAACAAAUAAACGAAUGAAUAAAUCAGUAAAUGACUUACUGCUAGGAAUCAAUCUGAUAUACAAAAGCAAAACUGUGAAAGCUUACUUCGCCUUUAUAACUUGGUGUUGAUAGUGAAGAUGACGUCACUGAAACUGCUCAAGAUCUUCAAGCCGCUCCAGAUCCCGGCUACCGUCACGAGGUAAAUGUUAUUGUUGUCUUCCUGAAACAUUGCAUGUCAUUCUGGUAAAUCUUCAGUGACAUCUAAAGAAAAGGAAUAUUGAUUAAACAACAUAAUCUUAAUGGACUUUAUAUCAAGACAGUACACCCAGCUGCAAGAAAAAAUUUGGGCGCAAAAUAAGCUAAAACUAAAGGAUGAUUUUGUGUUCAAUAGACUUGUACCACCCAAUCCCUAAUUUGCCCUUCAGUAUAGGCGUACUUGCAUUUUAUUUUGAAAUAUUACUUUCAUAGUAAAAGGAGCAUUAGAAUCACGUCCCUAAAAGCAUUUAAGGCCAUUAAAAGAUGUGGACCACGUCGAAAAAGCACUUAACUGAGGAGGUAACAAGGUUACAAGUUGAGCGAUAAUUUGACCCCAUAGAACCAAUAAGAGUUUGCUAAGACUGGAUUUCUCAAAUUAACGACAGUUUAUAGCAUUUUCAGGCGAACUUUGAAAAAAACAUUACACGUAAAGUGCCGAACACCGUGUAACAGCAGGGCUGUGCUCUAGCAGAGCCCGGUGGCCCCUGGUGCCUAACUUUUGCUCCUGGGCGACUAGAAAAUCUCAGAUUUAACAUACAAAUCAUAUGCUGGGCAGCCUAGAUUUUACACGGUCAGAGCACUGGGCACCCUUCAAUUUUCCUUAGAGCACAGCCUUGAACAGGCUGUCGAAAUACUGAACUGUUUAGGCCAAGUUUUUUUCCUGAAGUAGCCAUGUCAUCCUGAGUGCUGUUGAGUCAAUCAAGAGUUGUAGAACUGCGAUACAAAAACAUUGUGGUUUUUUCCUUAGGAGCAGUACACUGACGGAGGGCGUUUGGUGCGUCAAUGUACGGAACCCGGUGGUGGACAUAACCCAAUUUGGUAAGAAAGUCCGAAGUACAAAAAAACGAAGAUUGUUCCCAAACCAUAGUUAUAUCUUCACCUCAGUCAUAAUAUAAGGAGCUACAAAGGCUCAUAAUUAAAAUAAUAGGACCACUGCCUGUUAUUUCGCCAACCACAAAUCAAUAAUGAAUUAAAGCGCCGCUCAAAUUUAAUGUCAAAAACAAUUUAGUUUUUUUCAGUCAUAAUCAUUCUGUAGUACUUCUCUCUUUUUGCUACGCAAAUCAUCAAAGGGGAUAUUUUGGUAACUCCGCUGACCAUCAUGUCCAGUGACUGCUUUGCACGUUGUGGAGAAGUUAAUCGUUUUUAAAGAAAGAAAGACAUACGGGUGGGGGACAUUCGACCAUGCAUAAAAUGUUAGUGACAAAUUAUUUUACGUGUCCUCUAGUUGACAAAAUUCAGAAUAUUUUCAUUCAAACUGUUCUCUUCAUUGAGAACAAAUGACUACUUCUGUAAAUGUACCUUCCUCAACUGAAUUUUGUAUCUCAUAAAAUUGUGAUUUAAUUCAAGAUAUGCAGAAAUCUCCAUCUACUUGGUAUAAAAGUUUUCAAAAUACUAACUGCUUUUGAAUAUCCUUUCUUCUAGCGGUAUAUCAUGUCCACAAGUUCCUACUGGGCCAAGGGUAAGCGCACCAAAGCUAGGCAAUUAACUUUUUUAUCAAGCCUGUAACAUAAAAUUAUAUUAAUCACAAACUGAAGAUUUUCGCUGACUUGGUGUGACAAUUCACUGACAAUUCAAUCUAUAGCUGUUGACCUCAGGAAAGAUCUUCCCCAUCAUUUGAAAGACCUCCCAAUUUCUCCUUCCCAUACUUACUAAAAAAAUAUCUACUGCAUUGACAAUUUGAAAGUUGACCAUAUUCGUUCUUCUCUCUAUAUAAUGUAUAGUGUGUGUGUGUUAUUUAUUUAUUAAUUAUUGUUUUUUCUUUGCUACUAUUAUACCUGUCACCACUGUGUUAAAGAUAUAACUUUAUAGCUAGGAGCUAGGAGCUAAAUUAGCAAAUGUUUUCGUGCUAGACAUCCUUUUAUCAUAAUGUAUCUAUCUUAUGUAACAUUUUUUUUUUCUUUCCAUUAGCCAUCGAAGAACUGAAUGUUAAAAUUCUGUUUAGUUGGAUGUAAAUAAUAAAGGUUGUUGGUGUGGUUGUUGUUCUGGCUAAGCAAAGGCACGAUAGUGUGUGGAUAUAGUGUACAUAUAGUGGACUUCGAACAGGUUUUCGGCGACCAUACCGAUAUUUUAAGCUAAUUUUCAGUCGCGAAUUUUUUUCCUUUUCCGAUCGCCACAAAGUGUUCAUCACAAACUGAUUUUGAAUUGAAUUUUGUCAAAAUUAAGUGAAGUGACUUGGUAACAUGAACAGCUCAAGCUAAUUUAGUUUUCACUUUUAUCUCUCAUAGGAAAACCUGGACUCAGAUCCUAGUGUGUUGACCAUUUUUUACAUUUUUCUCUUGUUUUUGACUCUUAAAGAUCAUGUCUGUUCGAUUUUGUACGUUUUGAUUUAUGUGUUGUUCAGUGUUAUAUAGUAAAAUUUUAAAAAGAAAACGUUCACUUCCUAGGCCUGCAGUGAUGAAAAAGUAAUGUAUCAAAAAGUGUAAAAAACGUGCAAUGUUGUUGCGUUGCUUAUUAAACAUUUUUCGUUUUUGUCAUUCUUGUUGCCGUGACUUCUCAAGUCUCGACAUAUGUUGCCCUUAACAGUGUACAAGGCAAGAUACUUCAAUACAACCACAAAAAACGUGUGUUGAAGGACAUAACAACAUAUUCAAAGAAAACGUUAGCUUGCAGAACAAGCUUUUUUUAUUCGCGGUCUCGCGCUUCGCGCUCGCAUGAAAGACGCAAAAAAAUAGUUUGUUCUCCAGGCUAAGAACACUUAAAUAUAAACAAAAAAUGGGAAUAUCUAUCUGACUCGGAGGUACAAAAUUCUGAAUUGGGUCAAAAUCAAAAUCAAAUACUAAUUGAGAAGCGGUUUAACACAAUUUUGCGGAAACGAAUAUUAGCGAGCAAUCCAUGUUGUUAGUCCCCUUAAUAAAAGUUAAAGAUGGUUUCCUUGGAAUACUUUUAGUAAAGUGAGCUUCAAAUGACAAACUCUUUAUGCCUCCUCAGCUAAUACUCCAGUGAGGUCUCUUUUAAAGGGACAGGUUCACGGUUAAGCGCAUGCUCAUUAAUUAAAUUACUAUUUUCCAAUUUAUUAUUAAUUCUAUUGGUUAAUAAUCCAACUCACAUGUAUCUCAGCGAUCUCAGAGUGUAUUUCAAAGUAAAAUUGUAUUUCAGAGUAACCUGAAGUAGGAUGGAGGAGUACUAAAAUCGCAGAAAAAAUUAGUGGACUAUGCCAACACUAUCAACGUUGAAUUUAUUGUUGACCCGAAGGUUUUAUUCCGUGGUUGAUUAAUUUACAGCUAUUUGCAAUUAUUUAAGUUGAUCAAGUGCAAGUGACUGCCAGUGCGCAGAUUGGUUCUUUGACAACAUUAUGACAUGAUCAUAUUGCGUGCAUAGACGAUACAGCAUGUCGCGGCGAAAAAACAGCAUUUUGAUAAUUAAGCAUGUGCUGAACCGUGAACCUGUCCCUUUAAGAAAAAAUCGCUCGUGCUCAGACUUUACACAACUCAGGUUCCCCCCGGGGGGUUACUCAACAAAAUUUAACAGACAACCCCUCACCCUUUUAUAUACCAUUUUUGAAAGAAAAGGUACCCCUUUCGUGUACCUUCCAUUGGGGCGCAGCCUCCCCGUAUGAGCCAUUAAUAAUAAUAGUAAUAAAAAUAAUAAUAAUAAUAAUAAUAUAUAUAUAUUAUAUAUAUAAUAUAUAUUUUAAUAUUUCAUAUUCUUGAAUCUGUAAAUAGUCUAUUUUUUUUUAAUCUAUGAAUAAAGUUUUGUAUUAAAAUUAAUGAUAAUAAUAAUUAUUAUUAUUUUUCAAUCGAAAUUAAGUGUCUUCUUUUAAUCGAAAGGAAUAAUGUAAAUAGUGCUUGGACGGAAUAGUUUUUUUUAAGUGAAAUUAAUUGUAAAUAGGAUUUUAUAGUUAGCUUUGUUAUCAAUAAAAGAUUUGAUUACUUUUAUAAUAAUAAUAAUAAUAAUAAUAAUAAUAAUAAUAAUAAUAAUAAUAAUAAUAAUAAUGACAAUAAGAAUAAUAAUCCAAAAAUAAUAAUAAUAAUAAUAAUAAUAAUAAUAACGAGGGAGUGCGACCCCCCUGGCAGGUUCCUAAAUCCUUACUUAAGUGUAAGAGACGUUUUUGAAGUUUAAUGCUAAUGGUUAUUGGGUCACCCUUAAACUCUUUGAGACAAAGGUCCAUCUUACACUGUCAUAAGAAUGAGGCCUCCUUCAAAGAGCGUGGUUUAGAGGCCUAAAAUUAAAUGUAUGGAUAUGCAUUAUAACAAAAAUAAGCGACACUUAAUUCGAACGAUUAGCAAAAACCUUUAAACCAUCCAAAACCUCUGGUUAAUAUUCUUGUUUAAAAUUGAUACUGUGAUAAAAGUAGUAGAAGCAGAAUCAAUUGUCUAGUUUACUAAACUAAAGCAACUAAUGAUUGCAUUAAAAACACACCGUAUACGAUACUCAGUCAUACCAAUCAGCAAAUAGCCAAAUCGCCAGUAUUCUCCCAGGUGAAACAUCGUACAAAGAUUAUAUUUGAAGUUUAUACUUUAGACUGUCUGUUUCUCUCAGUUUUCAGUCUCGAAUUGUCGACCAACUGAAUUUCUUUUACGCAUGUAUGCCAACAAAACACUUGUCGACUUAGGGCCAGGUGGCACUGGAACGAAUUGUAAUACCUUCAACAUUUUAACAAAAAACAAUCUCGGCGAGAUUACCCAAAUCUCGGUUAAAUUUUUGCACGGGCUUGAAAGGGAAAUAAAGCCGGGAGUCAUCUCUAGUUAUUUCUCUUUUGUGUAUGAUUGCCGGUAAUGGUUCAGCGGUUGCCUUCCUUUGCUGCUGAUCGUCGCUUUCAGAACUGCAUGGGCGGCGCAAAUGUCAAUCAAAAGGGUCAGUGACCAAUGAGACUUCGUUUUAAAAUCUAUAUCUCGUCAAAAGGAAAGUAAAUUCACCACAAACUGAAAGGGUUUAACGAGGACGGGAAUAAUCAUACAGACCUCUAUAAAAGGAAUAAUACAACAAAAAUACACAAAGGUAAGAAAGAAAAGAUAACUACUCAUUAACGCAAAUAAGUUAAUGUUUUCAUAUAAUCGACCACUAAGGUAGAACUGAACGCGACACAAGGCCAUGUAUCAGUGACCGACGAUGUAAGAGUAUAAGGGCUUGUGUUUAUUCCAAAUCAGUCUUAACUUAGAUUUCCGCCGGCGGCUUGGAAGACACCAGCAAAAGUCACGGCCCAGAAACCUUUAAAUACAGGAUGUAAAGAGUUCGAAGCAAUGCUCAAGUAUGGGUAGGAGUCCAAUCAACCAAGCAAACUUUGUACUUUUGUAUUCAAACUCAACAGUCGUUGAUAAGAUUAUCAGAAUUGCAAACAAUCGAUCGUAUCGCCACUAUGUGAGGCACUUUUCUUACUAUUUAAACUAGCCUUCACCAUAGAGUAUUAGUAAAGCAGAUGGAGAAGUUAUCCACUCUCGAAAUCUCGUUAACAUAUGUCCUUAAUACCCGGCCGUCUGACAAAGCGAUCGCUGAAAAGACCCGACUACGCUAAGAAGUACUUUAAAAAGUACAAAACUAACAUCCAUUUAACUCACCUGAAACCGUUAAAAGAACUACGUUCCCGUUAAUACCCAUUGGGUCUUGCUUGUGCUCCUAUAUGUUGCGUGUUUAAAUAAAGUAUUGCUGUUGUCGUGGUAAUUGUUUCAGAAGAAAAUGGCAGUGUCAAGGAUUUAAUGUUUAUUUCCAAGCUCAUCCGCUGUUUAUGAUUAGCUUUAAUUUGUUUAAUCCACGCUCUGUACCACACUAUGAGAAAUUUAAAAUUAUUUCCGUUCAUUCAGGGUUGUUGAAAUCAUCGUUACUGAACUAGUGAUGACUGAAGCAGUCAAAUCUGGCACCAGACUAUUGACUGUUCAUUUUUCAUUUGUUGUCCAUUUAUCGCAAACUAUCAGGAAUUAGGAAAGAAAAUCUCAUUUUAUUCUCUAAAAAGUGUGAACUUUUUAUCUUUUUAUGUUUUGUUUUUCAGUCUAGUUAGUUUUUGUACGCCUUUUACAGCUAAAAUUGCCCGUGGAAAUGCCGAUAUGUUACUGUAGACCAUAAGACUACCUGUACAUUGUGAAUACUUAAGCACUCAGUUAAAAUCCACAGGUUGCAAAAUAUCAUCAACGGCAAGUCAAAUUCCUUCAGUUCAACGCCGUGUUACUUAUAUCAUAUCAUGGGUGAUAAGUUACUCCCUAAUUUUGGCACGAAAUUUGAGGGUGAAAUUAUCCCCUUAUUUCACUCGACAACAUUUGAUUACACAUACUAAUUACCGAUGCCUCAAAAAUAUCCUUUUAAUAUAUAUCGCAAAUUAUUAUUCAUAUUCGGUUAUUCAUAUUCGUUUUUUCUUAAUCAUUAAGGAACCCCUACCAAAUUACUUUGCACUGAACAUUGAAAAGCAAUUUGCAGCUACCCUGAAGCUUAAAAUUGUUUAGUUUUUAUUCGGCGACUAUUUCUUUGAAGCGAUGAGUCAGUAACCUCCCAGAUUCUCAGAUUUGUUUAAACUGAAGUUAAAAAAGCAUAGCAUUGGUUUGUAUAUUGUGGCAAGCUGUUCCUUACUUGUCUGAGAAACAAGUAGACAAGUAUGCCUUUUAGUGAUAGCUGUCAUUUGUUUUAAACUGGAAUUUAAAUUUUAGCAAAAGGUUCGCAGAAUAUUGCUAUGCUUGAAUUCCCAGGAGACAGUUGCAUAUUUUAAAAGUACGAGUUUAAUGCCCAAUUGAAAGUGUCAGCGCGUCGGGAAAAUAAUUUUCUAGCUUAAAAUAAACAUUUGUUCUCGACUAUAGACUUUCGAAAUAAAAAGCGCACCCCCGAUUUGCAUUUGAAAGAAUUCCUUAUCUCUUUAUUGAAGGCCUCUUUUGCGCGCGUGCCGGCCGUGCGACAACAACGGCAAACAAAAGUGGUUCACUCUGUCUCAGGAGGCCGACUGAAGCACAGUUAUGGCAUCGAGCUGGCGACUGCGAUUUUCGUAGAUAGCACUACAACGCAAAUGUUAUUUUCUUUUGGAGCCAUUCCGUGCACACACACACGCACACACACACUCACACACACAAAAUCGGUUCUUAUUCUGAAUGAAGAAAAAAAGUGCUAUUUGUUGACCCAAUGAAAAUGUACUGACCUCGAUUGUUUGUUCUCCUUACUGUCUACGUAAAGAGCCAAAACGUCAGGAGCCCAUCUGUUCCUGAAAGCGUCUAUUUGUUUAAGGGAGAAGGCUUAGGAAACGCACCCAAAUACACGAGCUUUCAUUGGUCACAGUUACUCUGCACUUCCACUUAUAUUUCCGGUAUUUCGCUUGGAAAGAAAUUUCGUCUGCGUUAUGCGCGUAUCUUUUGCGUCCCUUGAGCUUAAUUAACUAUAUCUAUUAGUGGCCAAAUUAGCAGGGCACGCGCCGGUAUUUCAUCGACCAUAUUUCCGUCUUGUUUGUCAAAUUCUAGCACCCAAGUUCACAGCUCACUGCACAAGUGAAAGCUGCAGCAAUCGUCAUUGUAACGACCGCCGCCAAGAGACUUACUGGCGUCAAAUUCAAAUCCCAUUCGCGUGUAUUACACGCCUGAGUUCGGCCGGAUUUUGACGACUUUCAAGAAAUUUCAGUUUGUUUUACCUGGAACUGUUUGAAAGAAAGGAUUACAAUCGCGACUCGUUGACGGCGACUGCGACUGUUGUAGUUAAUGUUUAUAGCACUGCAACGUAAUUGUUAGCUUCUUUUGGAGCCAUUUCGUGCACACACACACACACACACACACAAAAAUCGGUUUUCAUUCUGAAUGAAGAAAAAAAGUGCUGUUUGUCGACCUAAUGCAAAUGUACUGACCUCGAUUGUUUGUUCUCCUUACUGUCUACGUAAGAGCCAAAACGUCAGGGGCCCAUCAGUUCCUGAAAGUGUCUAUUUGUUUAAGGGAGAAGGCUUAGGAAGCGCACCCAAAUACACGAGUUUUCAUUGGUCACAGUUACUGUGCACUUCCACUUAUUUUCCCAAUAUUUCGCUUGGCAGGAAAGUUCGUCUGUGUUAUACGCGUAUUUUCCGCGUGCCUUGAACUUAAUUAGUUAUAUCCAUUAGUGGCCUAAUUAGUAGGGCACGCGCCGGUAUUCCAUCGACACGCGAGCUGCACUUAACACCCACUAAAAAGAAGGCACGGUCAAUAUUGUUUCAUUAUCAGCAAAGGGAAGAGCAGGUUCGAAAUCACGACAGCGGGUCCUCCGCUUGUGAAAAAACUCUCACAAAACUUUGAGUAAAUCAUCCAAAUCCUUUAUUUCAGUGUGGGUGACUGAAAAACCUGUAAUCUACAAAUCUUGUUUGUCAAAUUCUAACACCCAAGUUCACAGCUCACUGCACAAGUGAAAACUAAAGUAAUCGUCAUUGUAACGACCGCCGUCAAGAGACUUACUGGCGUCAAAUUCAAAUCCCAUUUGCGUGUAUUACACGCCUGAGUUCGGCCGGAUUUUGACGCCUUUCAAGAAAUUUGAGUUUGUUUUACCUGGAACUGUUUGAAAGAAACGAUUAUAAUCGCGACUCGUUGUCGCCGCUUCCCGGUUUGCUCCCUCUUUCGCGAAGCCUAAAAUUUCAAGAAAAACCUGUGGGACCAGGGUAACGCGUAAUUGGCAUAGUAAAGAAAGUGAAGGAAACAGACAUGACACAGCCCCUUUAACAUUGUUUACACGAAAGAGAAAUACUCAGUGCUUUUGGGUUCUCAAUGAAAGUACAACUGAAGUAAAUAACUAAGACAUUAUCGAUUUGAAAGUGACAUUUAAAUAUUGUAGUACACAACGUCAGCGUGCGCAUUUUGCGCCGGGGCCAAACAGGAAAACCGUUUCACUUUUGACCUGAGCCAGUGAAAAUGUGUUUAAAAGAUCGCUUUUGGAGAUAGUUUAAAUACAUUCGACUUGCGAUUUGGAGAGAUGCAAGAAAAUAUAAGUGGAAUUACAACUGCCGCAUAACUAUUUGCGCAGCAAUUUACAUCUCUUUCACGAGAAGUAAUUUCCAUUCAGACGAGACAAAAUCAUGAAUAUUGCUUUCCAUCGAGACUGGGUAUAAUAACAGCCGCAGGUAAAAGAUAACUUUGGCGCUUUUUGUAAAACUGUCUUCCCACUAAUUAGGCUGUCUUCACUUACGCUAGAUCGGUAACCAAGGAUUAUUGACUCUUUCGUGAGAAAAUCUAAUGCCAUGAAGGCUAUAGUCUGCAACACAGCCGUUUUUAGCGUCGUCACGCAAAGCUCCUCCCCACAAACGGAGAGGAGCGUUGCGUGACGACUCUAAAAACGGCUGUAUAGCAGACUAUGAAGGCUAUGGCGUAUGAUCCCCGCCACAAUUCAUGGUUUGAAUUUUUAAUCAAUCAUUUAAAUUUCUAACCUCGGUACUUGAAUUUUACAGCUAAAUUCAAAAUUUUACACUCUUCCUUUAGAUUUCGCAUCAUUGGAAAACGUUUUUACUCCCGUCUUUUACCUUUUAAACUCGACUCUUCUAUUUGACCUUGCUCGUUGUGUAUUUUCAACCCGCUUCAUCAAAUUACAUAGUAGAACCACGCAAUUUUCAACUCGACGCUGUGAAUAAAACUAUAAGCGGACAAAUUUUCUUACAUUGCUAUUUUUUAUAAGCUUUAAUGCCUAAGCCAAUACUCGGCGCAUUUUUCCACAUACCGACUCUAUUUCAAACUCAACCAUGUAUAUUUUCAGCACGAGUUCUGAAUUUUCGCUUGCGCUUCAGUGAUCAUUUAUCAAGACCAGGGAGCACCGACGGGUCAAGACAAUAGAGGGCUUUGUCCGGGUGGGUGGCUCUUUAGUCCAUCGUGCUUUGCGCGCAAGUGUUUUCCCGCGCCUUCUCACCCGUGUGGUGUUCACUUCAAGUGAUCUGUGAUGAAAUUUUUGAUUGUUUGAUUGUUUGAUUUGAAGAAAUUUGUGAUUGCCUGAUCACAAAGUGGCGUUAAGCUCAUUCAAAAGGUAUUAUUCUAGAAAUAAAGAAGAAGUGGUUUGCUCCAGAAACUUUUGUACAGAUAAAAGACAGUAAAGAAAAGCGCGCUACUGCUUCUACGUAUAUGCUUGUUUGUAAACCUGGCAGCGCCAAGAUUUUACCAGCUAAACUCUAGGUAAUACAAUACCGCUCACAAAUGGGGUGGCUUUUUCAGGUUUUACAUGUACUUAAUAAAGGUAUUGCUGAAUAACAUUAGACGCCUCUACCUUUCUAUGGGCAAAAACUUCAUGCAACUUUUAAGGAAGCUAAACGACACAACCUCAAUGCUGUGAAGUGUUCAGUAUUUUAAUGGUAAAAUGUUAGUACGUUCUUUUUUUGGAGAUACCCUUUCAAAAACUGAAUAUCCUGGAGACAAGAAUUUUUCGAUUGCUACUGACCUGACUUUUCCUUUUCAUUUAGCAAUGAAGAAAUGGAUACAAACAGUGAUUCCGGCAGUUCACCCACAAAUCAGCCCGUGGUGCCCUUCGCGCUUGGGCAGGUGAAAAUACUGUAUUCUGACUACACUAUAACGAAACAUUCAAUGUGAAAUAGUUUAUUGAGGAAUGGUCAGUCAGUCAUCCGACAACAACAAUGUGUCGUAACAUAUACUUAUUACAACAUAGAAUAUACUAGCAAGUCUAACUUGAAAAGCUUGAAAAAAUUAAGUGUACCACGCCAGAUACGAAAAACCACUAAAAAACCACUCUUUAGAUGUGGCCAAAAAAUAUGUGGAAACGUAUUCCCCAUCUAAUGCAAUGGCACGGAACCUCGGGGAAGAGGUACAAACAAACGCAUAACUCCAUAGAAAAAAUUUAACUAAAUUGACAACAGCAAACAGAAAGACUGACUGAGCUAGAAUGAUUAAUAUUCCCCGCUAAAACAUUAAAUACUCAAAACUCUCCCUUGAGAAUACUUAAACCUCUCAAUCGUGCCAUCAGAAUAGUAAUUUCUGACUAAUUCGUUCCUAGUCACUCAACCGUCAGAAAUUACAUUUCCUAAACCUCACGCAAAACAUUUACUAACAUCUAAUAUUCAAAAUAAUGAUCUUAAAAAUAUAUUCCACUGACACAAGAAGUAAAUGUUAGCAAAUUUUCACUCCUUUUUCAAAAACACAAGCGAAUUUAAAUUCUAUGCUCUAAUAAAAAUACGCCAGGAAAUGACGUAAGACCAACAGACUGACUGACCCACUCACUAAAACUGACCGAUUCUCAAAUCGAGUGAUUUACCGAGCACUUGACCACGCGGCCGAGCAGCCCGAGUGACCAACAUCAACUUUAACCACUGAAAAGAAUGGUAAAAUCCUUUUUGUUACGUCCCACGGCAACUCUCCUCUCCUUCUUUCAAAUUUCAGUCGCUCAGAAAAGUUCACUUUCCCUUUUGAACCUCAUUUACACACUUGAUUCCCCCAUAUGUCUCAGUUUUAUCAGAAUGCUGAUUCUCUCUAACUCACUAGGGGUCCAACGCCGCGAACCAAGCUAUACGCCAGCAAAAUGAUCACCAGGCAAAUCAAGCCAGGUAAGACACUAAAAACAGUCAUGUCUAUAAAGAACUUUACUAUACAAAUUAUCAUCUCCACCAUAUAGUACCCACCCUAGCUAACUUACUAGUAGUAAUCACAAGUUAUCACAGAAUGGGGAGGCGUAUUCGACAAAAAAUCGAGAAGGUAGGUGGUGAAAUAACCUGCUUUCCGGAGCAAAUGAACAGUUUCCUAGCCGAAAAUGACACAUUGACAAAGAUAUCAUAAAAGCAUAAUUAGUUGUAAUGUUGCCACUGCAAGAGGCCCGAUCAUUCCGACCAGUUUACAGUGACAAACGUACGUUACACUAUGCACAACAACGUCUAAUUAAAAGUCAUAGUUUCACUUGCACUUAAGGGCACAGCUCUGCUGACACUAGCCUUCAAUUCGGCGUAUUUUUAGGGCGAGCAAAGGCUGCCUGCUACUGAUGAGUUUUUGCGCUACUCAUCUUUCAUUUUAUCGAUGACGAGAAUGGAAGUUAACCGACUGUUUUACAUAUCUUUCAGGUAUGGUCUACCAAAUAUGAUAGCGGGGUCGAGUCAUGCUCAACCACAGGUGUAUAUGGAAUCUUCUAUUUCAUUCAGUAAACAAAAGCAACGUCGCUAA